CAACCUACCAUUUGAACCAAGGCCGUGCGCGCGAGCGGGGUUGACAUUGGAGCCUGGCAGUGGGAGAAGAGGAGGGGAGAAUAAGAGAGGAGGCCACUGAGUCCCAGCACCACUGCUUUUCUGAAGAGAGCCACCAUCAGCACGAGAUGCACCGUCCUGCUCCUGCUGCCUGACAUCCAGCACACACACACACACAUAUAUACAAACAAACACCCACACGUCCAAGGACUCCCUCCUGGAGCUUACCGACGACUCAGCGCGGAGAGGCAGCAUUUUUACUGUCAUUUCUGAUGGACAACAUGACUUGGCAUUUGCUUGGUUGACUUUUUUUCACCUUCUUCGUGCAGACAGUGUACUACAUCUAGUAGUAACAUCACGACUUGUGUACUGUAACUUGGAAAGCUCGGACAUUUUCGCAUUAAGUGCACUUAGAUCAGACUUUGUAAAGGAGCAUAGUCGCUCUGCCUGAAGCAGCUUCUCCCCCGGACGUUUCUCCUGUCCUCCCGCUGAUCGGAUCGUCGCCUUGUGCCUCCGCGCUUUUGGAUGUCCGCGCGCAGGCUUUGGCUGAGAGGAGCUCCCCUGCGUCCAGUGGAAGAGCCGAGCUGUUAUCUGUCCUUCACAUCACGCGCUAAUCCGGUGCGCUGACUUUUAUCUCUGCGGCCCGUUCCUCAAUCCACAAUGAGAUUCAUUCCGUCACGGUUAAGUUAUCUAUUUCUUCACCUCUUUGCGUUCUGCUACUAUGCUCAGGUAACCAUUCAGUCCCCGCCUAAUUUUACACAGCAUGUGAAUGAGCAAAGUAGGGUGACGGACCGGGUGAGCCGGAGACUAAUUCGGACCUACCAGCUUUACAGCAGAACCAGCGGCAAGCACGUCCAAGUCCUGGCCAACAAAAAGAUCAACGCCAUGGCCGAGGACGGAGACGCUCACGCAAAGCUCAUUGUGGAGACAGACACAUUUGGCAGCCGAGUUCGCAUUAAAGGAGCUGAGACAGGACUCUACAUCUGCAUGAAUAGAAGAGGAAAGCUGAUUGGCAAGAGGAACGGUCAGGGGAAAGACUGCAUUUUUACAGAGAUCGUGCUAGAGAACAACUACACAGCUCUCCAGAAUGUAAAGUACGAGGGCUGGUACAUGGCGUUCACACGCAAAGGAAGACCCCGCAAGGGCUCCAAAACCAGGCAACACCAGCGGGAAGUCCACUUCAUGAAGCGACUGCCCAAAGGACACCACAUUGCAGAGCACAGACCCUUUGAUUUCAUCAAUUACCCUUUCAACAGACGGACUAAACGCACCCGUUACUCAGGAGAGCGCUGAAGAGUGAAGCAGGAGAGAAGAGGGAGACAGCGAGGGAGAGAAAAAAAUACCAUCUCAGAUACUGAACAGAAUCUCCCCUUAUGGACUCCUAAAACAGUUUUUGUACUGAGCAUUAACAUACCUAACAAUUAGUUUGUUUUUUAAUGAUUUUUUUAGAAAGAAAAAAAAAACACUCUGCAAAUGAAAAAAAACAAGGAAAAAGAGAUCUAUUUUUGUACUCCAGACUUUUAGUACUGACCUGUGUAAAAUUUUAGUAAAGCGA